UGUUUUAAAGAUAGAUGAAAAACGGAAGCGAGAAAGCUUUAGAAGAUACCUCUUGCUCUUCAAAUUAGGGCCACCAGAAUGUAAUUGAUGCAAUUGUUCUCUCCAAGAAGAACCCACUUUUCUCCUGAAGCGUAUAGGAUGAGUCGAAGGAAAAGACCGUUCGUAUUUCUCAAGAACUUCUCUUCCAGCCAGUUUCUUCUAUAAGUCGUCAAUUAAGCCCUAUCCUUUUGAUCAUGGAUCACCAGGUCGACACCGCCAUCGCAGGUUCCGGCCAUAUCGCCGUGUCCUUCAACUCAUCCUUUUCGCCUAAAGCCCCCACGACCCCGUUCGUCUCACUCCGCUGCAAGCCCAUACUCUCGGCUCUACCACUAGAGCUCCUCUCCAGGAUCGCCUUUGAUCUAUCCCUGUAUGAAUACUCUUUCCUGUCCCGCACCUGCUCUUGGCUGCACAGAUACCUCUUCAAUCCUGCAGAGCUCGUUCUCUUUCUCAAAACUCGCUAUCGACUGUCACUCAAGUCUGGAUCCAUUGUCAUCUUUGCCUACCUGGCCAACAUGCAAGUCAGAGCGCCGUUGGUGCUAGAACGGAUAUUUCAAGAGUUCUUCGCAGACUCGCCUGAACGCCUUUUGGAAGAGGAACAAUGGAAGAGACGAUGUCAGCAACAGAAGCGACUCCUCAACCAGAACACCUUUGAGCUGAAUCAGAUGAUCGUGGGUACUGGUUGUGGUGUAGGUGAGAGUAAUAGCAGCCUGGCGAUUCAGCGCAUGGACAGUUCGGAAGCACAUCGCUCUGCGGAAAAGGCUAGACGACAGGCCAAAUGGGAUGCUGUCCGCAUGCUGGGUGUUCUCUAUGCUCUGGAUAAGACUCAUGUCGGUACUUCGAGUUCAACCAAUGCUUUGGUCCUGAGCGGAGCAAGCGAUACAGAAUCAUCGACAUCAGUGUGCACCACUACCAUGCCCAACUCUGUCCCAGAGCCCAUGCCUUCUCCACCAAUUGAUCCAUCGUCAUUCUCACUUUCAACCUCUAUGCCCUCCGCUCCCUCUACAACGACAGCUGCCUCGCUCUCCUCAUGCGUGAUAUUGCCAAUACGAAUGAAGGAGCAGGAAGCCAUUGGAUCAGUGACUAGUUCUGCUCAUAGAUGCUUCCGUGCGAGAAGAUUUCCACGAUCCCUUUCUCAGGAGACACAACAGGAUCCGGGCACGGUAUCUCAUUCAGCCACCAUGGACACAGACACAGACGCAGACCCUCUUCAGGAUGAUUGUUCGCAGGAGCGAAACCAGCGCAAGCGGCAUUCUCCACAAGUGGGUAACAGGCGUACCAUGACUUUCCCAUUUGCAGACUCGCACAAAGUCGACGAUCAUGGCAAUCAGCGGGCUGUAUGGAACUCGAACGUACUCUCGCCUAUUUCUUUGUCUGCGUCUUCUUCUACUUCUUCAUCGUCUUCUUUUUCUUUUUCAUCUUCGCCUUCUGAAGCUCCGGGUUCGGUAUCGGUACCGAUCACUCAUUUAACGAUGCAGACGGAUAAGCAAAAUAUGCUCAACAUUCCUGUCAGCAGUAGCAAGAGGGUGCCCGCGCAGCGUUCGACAGAGAAGCGGGGCAGAGCGUCUACAUCUACACGCGUAGCAACGCCACAGAGGCCAUUGGAUGCUUCGCCCAAAAAAGGUAGCAGGAGCAGCAUUCAAAAACAGCAACAAGAGCAGCAGCAGCAACAACAGCAAGAACAACAGCAGCAAAGGCAGCAACAACAUAUCCUUCAGAUGGAAGAUAAAAUUGCGUUCUUGGCAGAGUACACGGACCGAAUGCAUUUGAGACUCCAGGCGUUAGGGAUUAAGGACUGGGGUCAGGAAGAUAUUCAGAGGAAGAAGACGUACCAGUUAAUGAUCCGACAUAACGACAAAACUGGAGAGAAGGAUCUGGUAAAAUUUUAUUUGGGGCGAUAUGGUGGAUCUGUACAUCGAGAGGAAGAAGAACAGGAGCACCAGGAGCAGGAGCAGGAGCAGGAGCAGGAGCAGGAGCAGGAGCAGGAGCAGGAGCAGGAGCAGGAGCAGGAGCAGGAGCAGGAGCAGGAGCAGGAGCCGGAUUUGGGACUGGGACAGGAGCAACAGCUUGGACCAACGGAUACGGAGAUGGUUUCUGCGAUUCUGUCUUCUGUAGCGUCCUAGUUGUCUCAUGUAGAAUCAAUGAGUAUGCAUGCAAAAAUAUAUGAGCGAUAGCAUGGCUCCUUGAUUCUUCUUUGUUCCUUCAUGGCCUGGCUUCUGAGAACAAUGAUGCAGUUCUAUGUUAACCUGGGAGAGUUUGGGUUGG